AUGUCACAGAAGAAUCUCAAUCGACGAACAGCAGAGUUACGGUAUGCGAAACGUUGUGAUAUUGCGCGCUUGCCGUUGCCUUCUUUAACAUCACAAGAUGGUGAUGAUUAUUACGAGGAAAUUGAUGAUGAACAAUCAGCACAAGAAAUAGCGGUACAGCAAACGGACCACGACUUAGAUUCUGGUACGUUCAGUCCUCGGACAAUUGCCGGUGACAGUAGAAGACGACGACCACUAGACAGUCAGCAGACAACAGAUAUACAAACUAAUCUGUAA